AUGUUUGCGUCUUCUCGCGGAGCAGGCCAGCAAGUGGAUAACAAUAACUGCUUGUAUUCUGCUGCUCGUGAUGAUGCCGGAGGUAUUUUAAUUACCGAUUGUUCUUCAUCCAAUCCAACAACAACAACAACCAUCUCUUGUGCAAACACGAUGAAUCAUGACAACAAUGACUCGAUAAAACAUGAAUCAACAACAACAACAACAAUCGGAAGACCUACUGGAGGUGAUAAUCAAUCUCAUCCCUCUCUCAAAUCAUUGUGCAUACAAUACAUUGUACAAAACAUUCACCACUUUUCUAAAGUACCAAAAGGUGUACCACAAAUAGGAGAAGGUCUCGAGAAGACAUACUUUUAUAAUGAAUAUCUUGAGAAAUUAGAAUGUAAAUUUGCUAAUCCUCUCUCAUCACCAACAACAACAACAACUGCCACUUCUCCCAAUUCAUCAUCAAUUACGGGCAAGAAUUUCAAAAUACCGUCCAGACAACGAAGCAAUUCCCUCUCAGCCAAUGGCAACACAAACAAACCCUCACCAGUCGAGUUUUUCAUCAACAACAAUGCUCUAUUCUCUGCUCUUAAUGCUUUCAACAAUCAUCAUGAUAUGGAUGAUGAAGUGUAUCCAAUUCCCCAGUUAACUUCUCAAUCCAUCAUUAAUGAUUUGUGUAACUCAAAACAAAUUACAUUACCAUUCUUAAUCAAAAUGAGAUAUACGGGUUUUAAUUGUUUGAAUUUAUCAUUGAACGGACGUGUGAAGGAUGAAUGGAUGUUGUUAUUGAGAGAACUUCCUCUCGAAACCUUGAAUUUAUCACAUUGCCUUUUGACCAACCAAAGUCUCUAUUUUUGUAAAGGUAAAAAACACAUCAUUCCAUGUCCUUCACCUUCUCUUGAAAAUUCAAACAAUUUUGAUGAUGACGAAAUAACAACACUGGCGAAUGACAUGGAGGACUUCACUCAAAGCGACUAUGAAGAACAAUCUCCAACCAAUGAAGAUGAUGAAGAGAUGAAUGACGAUUCUACUCCACCACCAAUUGUUGUUUCCACCGAAAAGAAAACAGUGACAUUUGUUUUUGAUCAACAAAAUCCAAAUCGAAAACCAAAAAAGAAGAAGAAGAAACAAGUGGCAUCCUCGAGCAAACCAGGAAAUGAUAGUAAAAGAAGUUCUUCCAACGAGAGCAACCAUGGAAAAGAUGAAAAAAAGAGUAAUGGAACUAAAAGUGUUAGUGGAUCGACAAGUUCAGGUGGAUCAACGAAAAAGCGUAAAGAUGGCUCCAUUCAAGUGAUUACUCCAUAUCCUCUUUCGAGAACUUUAACCUCUUUGAACAUGUCCAACAUUCAUGAAAUUUUUACAGACGCCUUUAAAUUGAUACCUCAGUUGUUUCCUAAUUUGACUGCACUGUCGUUUGAAGGUUGUUCAAAUUUUACCAACAAGUGUUUGGAGCAACUUUGUGGGAAAAUUUCAAAAUCUGAUAACUUUCCAGAAAGUUCCAAAACAAAACAACUUCGUAGAAAUCUGAAAAAACUCAAUUUAAAACGAACGAAAAUUUCCGAUGCUGGAGUUAGAAAUAUUCAAAGUCUUGUAAACUUGGAAUACUUAAAUCUAGGAGAAAAUAAGCAAUUAACCAAUCAUAGUUUCAAGUUUUUGAAAACUCUCAAAAAACUUUCACAUUUAGAAGUAUGUGGUAAUGAGAGAAUGACUGAUGAAGGUUUUGGAAAAUAUCUCGGGCGUGGUAACUUGAUAGAGUUGAAGACUCUUUCAAUAUCAGGUACAUAUAUGGGAGAUGAUGUGAAAAACUUUUAUCAUUUUCCAAAUUUAACCUGUUUGAAUGCAGCCAAUACCAAUAUUCAAACCAUUGAGAAUAAUUAUAACAAUUCAUUCGUAUUUAAUAACUUAACCAAGCUAAACCUAUCAUACUGUAAACUAUUGGAUGACCCUUCUACAAAAUAUUUUCUGGAGAGUUUGCAUCAUUUGGUUGAUGUAAAUUUGUCAAAUACUUUCCUUGAAGAUGAUGCUAUCAGUGGACUACUUUCUUCUCGAAAAACACUUCAAAUUUUACACAUUAAUUCAUGCACUCACAUCACAGAUUGGAUCAUACAACAUGUAUUACCAUUCUUUGACAACAUUUGUGAGCUAGGUUUAAGACAUUUGAAACAAGUAUCGUUUAAUAAUGGAUGGUUUUAUUUAUUCAAAUCAAAUUUUCCAAAACUGGACAAGUUGUAUUUAACUGCAAGUUUUAUCAACCAAAGGUUAGAGGGUCGGGAAAGAGAACUAUUUUCUGAGCUAUUUGCUAACUUUUGCCAAAACGUAACCAUACUAGAUUUGAGCUGCAAUAUGAAGGGACUUGACGAUCAGCUCAUUGGAUUGGCUCUUUCAAAAAUGGCUUCACUCUCGUGGUUAGACCUGUCACAUUGUGAAACUCUCUCAUCAAUCACCAUACAGACAAUCUCCAACUAUUUAAGAUAUAAUUUAAAGCAUUUGGCAAUUAGUUAUUGCUACAAAAUUGACGGCUCAUCAUUACCAUUGUUGCAAAAUUGUAGAAAACUUGAGGUGCUUUAUAUUUCUGGAAUUAAUAACUUCAAAACAAAGCAUUUAAGACCGCUUUGUGAUUUGGAAAAUUUGUCAGAUCUAAGUUUAAUGGAUUGCAAAAAGUUACAACGAGAUGAUGGCUGUUCUAAAUGUUUAAAGAUUUUAUCAGAGGCAAAGUUCGCAAAACGUUUAGUAAUGCUGAAUCUAUAUGGAUUGCUGAUUUGGGAGUCAGCUCUUGACUAUCUUGUCAGUUUUGACAGUCUUGUAACCUUAAGAAUGAGCACUCAUGCAGAAAUGGAGAAUAUGGAUGCUUUGUAUUGCAUUCCUAAUUUGGUCUAUCUAAAAACAAAAUCUUUGAAUUGGUAG